GGCGGGGACCAUUCCGUCAGCGGGGUUGGUUGCGAAGAGGCUCCUCGGGCCGGGAGAGCACCAGCGGGGCUGGGAAAAAAAUAAAUCAACGGAGCAUCGGGCGACUUGAGGUGAAAUUCACAGAAGAUUAGGCAGCCAAUAAAUUAUUCUGGAAUACCGGCAGACUUUAAAAUAUUGUGACAAUGCUCAUCAUGACAACAGAAAUUAACCUAAGUGCUGCCACAGGAAAUCCCCAUCCACCGCAGCCAAAUUCUGAACAGCAAGAGCCUCCCAAGUUUGACACAGCAGGAAGUCAGCCAAAGGAGAACCGGCUGUCAGUAGAAGUUGUGGACAAACAAACCGGUGGAGACCAGAGCACACCAACAGCACCCGUCAACGGUGUUCCAGCCAAUAAAGAGGAGGCUGAAAAGGAGCAGUCUUCCAACAGCAAAGGAUUGUCACGCUUCUUGCCUGGCUGGUUUAAAAGACCCAAGUCUCAGAUUUCAGAAGGAGAAGGUGACAAGGAGGCUGGUGUAGCUUCAGCAGCUGGCAACGCAACACCAGGGCAGCAGCUGGAUUCAGUAGAACAAGUCGAAGGAAGUGAAGUAGUCGAGCAAGGGGCACCUAUCGCAGAUCAGGAGCUGGAUGAUAAUAUUGACGAAGAAGCAACCUUAGAUUUGCAUUCUAUUAGCAGUGCUGAAACUCAGCCAGCACAAGAAGAAAAGGAAGAACUUGGUCCAGAAACGGCUCUUGAUGUUAAGGAUGAAGUAAAGAUAGAUGACCCUGAGGAGAAGGGUGAAAGUACAGAACUGAAAACCAAUAAGGAUUUGAAGUCACCACCUAAGGUUGCUAAAAAACCCAAAACCAUGCAGUGUAAGGUGACUCUUUUGGAUGAAACUGAAUUUCAAUGUGAUGUUGAGGAUGGGACGGGAACCUGCCUCCAGAGACAUUCCAAGGGGCAUGAACUCUUCACUAAAGUGUGUCAACAUCUUAAUCUUCUGGAGAAGGACUAUUUUGGACUGGCCUUUUGGGAUUCAACAAGUCAAAGAAGUUGGCUGGAUCUCACUAAAGAGAUUAAGAAGCAAAUGCAGGGCAGUCCAUGGGAUUUUACUUUCAAUGUGAAGUUUUACCCUCCUGACCCUGCACAGUUGACCGAAGAUAUAACCAGAUAUUACUUGUGCCUUCAGUUGCGUCAGGACAUAAUUACUGGAUGUUUGCCUUGUUCAUUUGUUACUCUUGCCCUUUUGGGAUCAUAUACAGUUCAGUCAGAGCUGGGUGAAUAUGAUCCAGAGCUACAUGGAACAAAUUACGUCAGUGAGUUCAAGUUGGCUCCAAAUCAAACAAAAGAACUGGAAGAGAAAAUUAUGGAGCUUCAUAAGACCCACAGGGCUAUGACCCCAGCUCAAGCUGAUCUGCAGUUUUUGGAGAAUGCUAAAAAGCUCUCAAUGUAUGGUGUAGAUUUUCACCCAGCAAAGGACUUGGAAGGAGUAGACAUCAUGCUUGGGGUAUCUUCAGGUGGCCUCCUUGUGUACAAAGACAGACUCCGAAUAAAUCGCUUUGCCUGGCCUAAAGUUCUGAAGAUUUCAUACAAACGCAGCAGUUUCUUCAUUAAAAUUCGUCCAGGAGAGGAUCAGUGUGAAAGUACUAUUGGGUUUAAGCUGUCCAAUUACCGUGCUGCCAAAAAAUUGUGGAAAGUAUGUGUGGAAAAUCAUACCUUUUUCAGGCUAACGACUCCAGAAUCCUCGGCAAAAGCCAAGUUCCUGUCUCUAGGUUCCAAAUUUCGUUACAGCGGACGUACGCAGGCUCAGACAAGGGAAGCAAGCGCCCUGAUUGACAGACCAGCACCCCAGUUUGAGCGCACUGCAAGCAAGCGGGCAUCGAGGAGUCUUGAUGGAGCUAAGCGUAAAUUUCCAAAAACUUCCAUUGAAUUACCAGUGGAUGAGGAUCCUGAGCUCAGACGUGUUGAAGCACCCAGACAGCAGCCAGCUGCAGUCGCAGUGACUCCUGACAGAAGUCCAAGGCCAAUUACCACUUCUGCACCAACAGUAUCUCAAAGUCAUUCAGUUGAAGUCAGUAGUCCACCCACAGCUGAGACAGCGAGAGUGACUGAAUCAAAUGCAGUUGAAAAAGUGAGGGAUGAAAUCAAACAUGAAGAACGAUUGGUUGACGAAAGAUUGGAACCAGCUGAAGAAGUUAAGGCCCUUCCGCAGCAAACUGAAAACUCUUCAGUUCCUGCUACAGUAAAUGAUCAAUUACAGCAAAAACCUGAUGGAGAAGAAGUUGUCAAAAUGCGUAAGAAGAGAUCAAAGAAAAUUGAGGGUGAAAACAUUUAUGUCAGGCAUAGCAAUUUAAUGUUGGAGGAUCUAGACAAAACCCAGGAUGAAAUAAUGAAACAUCAUGCUAGUAUCAGUGAACUGAAGAGGAACUUUAUGGAGUCUGUACCCGAACCACGCCCCAGUGAAUGGGAUAAACGGCUUUCGGCACAUUCGCCUUUUAGGACCUUGAAUGUCAAUGGGCAGGUUCCAGCUGGUGCAGAAGAAAAUGUGGAUGACGGUGUGAUAUCAGAACUGGAAGAGAGGUGUGAAUGUGUAAAGAUUGAUUACAAGGCAGAAAUAGAGGGACUGAAGCUUAAAAGUGGCUUCAGCUUGAAUCAGGUGGCCGGCCUUUCAGAGUCUCGACAAAGGGGUGACCCUGUUCCUUCCUCUGUGAGUAGCAAGGAGGAAGACUUGUACCUCCCUCAGAACAAGGAGCUGCAGGGGCAGAACAGGUCUGAUACAGGCCUGGAUGUGCAGUCUGAAGCUUCAGAGGAGAUUGUAGCAAAGGCCCUCUUGAGCUCUGUUGCUUCUCAACUAAACCACCAUUUGAAGGAGAUUGAACAGAGUGAACGACCUUUAAAGAUAAAUGCCGUUCAUUACCAUGAACCACCUCAACUAAUCCGCUGCUCUCAGCCUCCACUUGUGAAAACUCAAACGGUGACCAUCGCUGACAUGCCACAUUCUGAAAAUGAAAUUGCAACCAAUGAAGUUCCUGUUGUUCACACAGAAAUGAAGACCAUCACCUAUGAAGCAGCCCAGACAGGUGAUUGUAAUAGUGAUGGUGAGCCUGGGGUGUUGAUGAGUGCUCAAACUAUCACAUCAGAGACUGUAUCCACCACUACAACCACACAGAUCACAAAGACUAUUAAAGGGGGAGUUUCAGAAACAAGAAUUGAGAAACGCAUUGUAAUCACAGGAGAUGCCAACGUUGACCACGGUCAGACUUUGGCUCAAGCCAUCAAAGAAGCCAAGGAGCAGCAUCCAGAUAUGUCAGUGACCAAAGUCGUGGUGCACCAAGAGACAGAGAUAGCUGAGAAUGAAUAAAACCCAGAAGUAAAGAAAAUGCCGUGAGCAGAGCUUUCCAUAUCCUGGCUGUUCAUUUGAAAAAUUUUAUACUUUUUUUAAGGAUUUGGCCACUGCCAUUUGUGCUCACUUUGCAACUCUUCAAUAAUCACCAAGCCUUGUAUCUGGAACCAAGUAGACAAAGGAUGAAGAGAACCCUAAUCGAAGGUGUAAUCCUGGACCUUUGCUUUUUUAAAAUUACUUGGAAGCAUCCUAUUUGAUACAGUUUUAGAUUUUUACAUAUUUCAGUACUGGAAAACACAGGAAAAGAAACCGCUUUGUAUUCAUGGGGUGGGGAGAUAUUCCUCAGAGGCUGUUUUUACUUCAGAAGAUGACAGAAUAAAGUUUUAGUUCUGAGGCUGAGAAAUGAAAUAUAUUGUAAAGAGUGGAGAGAAAUAAAAUUGCCGCAGAUUAAUCAUGAACCAUUUUAUACUGUGAAUGAAAGGAAAUGUGAAUAGUUGUGAACUUGACACAUGAAUUUCUCAAACAUUUUUGAAAAAGUAAUUUUUAUUGUUACUUAUCAGGAACCUUCCAGAUUUUGCUUCUAAAAGCUGUAAUAUCCUUUUUUCAGUCCUUUUCUCAGCCAGCUGGUGUUUCUUAGUCUUUUCUGGAAGAGCUUAGAUUAAAAGUAGCUUAAAAUAAAAUUCAGUGCUUCAGGCUGAUGUUCAUGAAAUCUUUUAAUUUUUUUAAUUUUGAAGAAAACGACUUUGGUAAAAGGAUAUAACAGCUUUGCUAAUGUUUGGUAAUUGUACCAGAGCUUUAACACACAGGCAGAAAAGCAAUGACCUUUGUAGAAUUAUCAUCAUCAUCAUCAUCAAGUUCUAAAUUAGGUAAUAUGAAGUAACUUAUUUAGAAUUGCUAUCUUAUUUAUAUUUCAGAUUUCUACUACGCAAAAGAAAUUCUCAAUGUGCAUUGCAUGGUCCUGACAGGACAAAUAUAAUCCUUAAUAUGUUCUAGCACUGUUGGUCAUCUGUUCUGGUGGGUCAUAUUCCCCUCAAGUUGUAGUAAAGAAUAUCCAGCCUUGGCCUGUCGCUGGUAAAAUUCACCAAAACAACUAUUGCGCUUGUAGCUUUUGCAAUUUUGAGGCACAGAAGUAACUUUUAGUAGUUUUAUUAAUCCAAAGGGGAAGAAAAUCUUAAUUUAUCAUGCACAUAAACAUAUUUUGUUAAAUAUUGAGCUGUAACCCACAUGUGAAAUAUUGGGGAAGGGGGGAAGAGAAAUGUGCUUUUAAAUUUAUGAUCCCAGUCCUAUGAAAAAUGGCACAGUACUUUGAAUUCCUUUUUUUUUAGAUGUGAGCCCUACUGAUUUGAAGGAAUUUUGUACAGUUUAUAUUGUAUAGAAUUAGCAACUCAAAAACUUUUACUCCAUUAGAUUUUACUUUUAGUACACAUAAUCAUGGAAAAUAAUUUUAAAAAUGGAGUCUUUGUAGAUAUUAAUUAGUGGGAAUAAUCUCACUUGUGGGAAUUCAGUCACGCCAUGAUCAAUAUCGAUAGGAGAUUUCAGUCGUAGCAUUUGGUAGAUGGAAGUAUUGAAAUGAAAUGAUCCUUCUGUGGCUUUUUGAAUACAAAUUUUAAUGAAAUAAAACUUUUUGAUCAUAAA